UUUGAAGACGACAAGUGCUGUAGCUCAGAGAGAUCGUUGAGUGGGUUGAUAGAUAUUACUUAUCUACAUAUGUACAUAGUUGGAAGAUAUUACGCACGAUCAUUUUAGUAAAAAUUUACUUUUUCAAAAGUAAACUAAAUAUUCCAUGAAAAUGACGUCCAAGCGGAGAGUAUGUAUUGUAGGAGCCGGAAUGGCUGGACUCACGGCGCUGAAGAAUUCACUGCAGCACGAUUUUGAGGCAGUGGCGUACGAACGGCAUUCAGCAGUCGGUGGCACUUGGAAUUAUAUGGAACGAAAGGAGGACGAGAGAGAAGAGGAUGUACACAGUAGCAUGUAUCGUGACUUGCACACAAAUUUGCCAAAGGAAGUAAUGGAUUUUCCUGACUUUAAAUAUCCUGCUACCAUGCGCGAAUCCUACAUAUUGGCUAGUGAUGUAUUGAAAUACUUUCAAGCAUACGCUCAACAUUUUAAUUUACUAUGUCACUAUUUCUUCCAUAACGGCAACUGUGUACAUCUGACUGGCAACAGUUUAACUUAUGUUAGUCAUCACCUAGCCGAUUUUAUGUUGAACGUCACGCAGACAGAUAUUCAGCGUUUCACUGAAAAUGGCGCUGUUUUCAAAGACGGCAGCGCAGCUUCUUUCUCUUAUGUGAUUUUUUGCACAGGAUAUAAAUACACCUUCCCCUUCUUGAGUGUGGACUGUGGCCUAAACGUUGAUGUCAAUUGGGUGCAUCCGCUCUACAAACACUGUUUAAAUAAUAAGCCCACGAUGGCCGUCAUUGGGCUACCACAUCAAAUCUGUCCAGCUCAACUUUUCGAUUUACAAGUGCGUUUUACGCUUGCUUUCUUUACUUUGUUGUUUUUGUUGUAGUAUCUCAAGUUGAAAUUUUCAAUAUUCACGAAAGUUCGAUGAAUUCGCAGACAAUUCUGAUUUUGUGGUGAAAUCUUUCGUAUAUUUUUGUAGUUUUAUUUUGCGCGAAUAGACACCAGAAAGGUGUUGAUAGUACGAAUUUUUGAUUUAUUUCAAUUUCCCAGGAUUGCAUCAAGAUUCCAAAUCAAAUCAAAAAUCAGGUUUAUUGUCAGGAUUAUCAAUUUACUCAAGAUUGCAUCAAAAUUCCGUCGUCAUUAUAUCAUAAAUCAAGGGUGUGGUCACUAUUACCUUUUUACUCAGGAUUGCAUCAAAAUUCCAAAUCAAAUCAAAAAACGAAUUUUUGAUUUUCACAGGAACAUUGUUCGGGACACCAGCUAAAAUGAGCCGACACCCAGGAUCUAGCCCAAUCUUGUUGUCGUAUUUUGUUCCGCGUAUUUUUAUUAAAUCUCCUGUACAAUCUGUUUCAUCAAAAUUCCAAAUCAAAUCAUAAAUCAGGUUUAUUGUCAGGAUUAUCAAUUUACUCAGGAUUGCAUCAAAAUUCCAAAUCAAAUCAUAAAUCAGGUUUAUUUUCAGGAUUACCAAUUUACUCAGGAUUGCAUCAAAAUUCCAAAUCAAAUCAAAAAUCAGGUUUAUUAUCAGGAUUAUCAAUUUACUCAAGAUUGCAUCAAAAUUCUGUCGUCAUUUAAAAAUUCCUUCAACGUGCACUAAAACGUUUUCUUCACUUCAAACCGAUGGAGUGUCCAUAUCAUUUUGCAUG